AUGCUGUCCCGGUCACGCUGCGUGUCUCGGGCGUUCAGCCGCUCGUUGUCUGCUUUUCAGAAGGGGAACUGCCCUCUAGGGAGACGUUCCCUGCCUGGGGUCUCCUUAUGUCAGGGACCAGGUUACCCUGACAGCAGGAAGAUUGUUAUUAACAACAGUAGUGUCUUCAGUGUUCGCUUCUUCAGAACUACAGCUGUGUGCAAGGAUGAUGUGAUUACAGUCAAAACCCCAGCGUUUGCAGAAUCUGUCACAGAGGGAGAUGUUAGGUGGGAGAAAGCUGUUGGAGACACUGUUGCAGAAGAUGAAGUGGUUUGUGAGAUUGAAACUGACAAGACAUCUGUGCAGGUCCCAUCACCAGCAAAUGGCGUGAUUGAAGCGCUUUUGGUACCUGAUGGGGGAAAAGUAGAAGGAGGCACUCCUCUUUUCACGCUCAGGAAAACUGGCGCUGCUCCUGCUAAGGCCAAGCCACCAGAAGCUCCUGCUGCUGCAGCCCCAAAAGCAGAGCCUACAGCAUCGGCAGUUCCUCCUCCCCCUGCAGCAUCCAUACCCACUCAGAUGCCACCAGUGCCCUCACCCUCACAACCUCUCGCUAGCAAACCGGUGUCUGCAGUAAAACCCACUGCUGCCCCUCCCGUAGCUGAGCCAGGAGCUGGCAAAGGUCUGCGUUCAGAACAUCGGGAGAAAAUGAAUAGGAUGCGGCAGCGCAUUGCUCAGCGUCUGAAGGAGGCCCAGAAUACGUGUGCGAUGCUGACUACGUUCAAUGAGAUCGACAUGAGUAACAUCCAGGAGAUGAGGGCUCGGCACAAAGAUGCUUUUCUGAAGAAACAUAACCUCAAACUGGGCUUCAUGUCGGCAUUUGUGAAGGCCUCAGCCUUUGCCUUGCAGGAGCAGCCUGUUGUAAAUGCAGUGAUUGACGACGCAGCCAAAGAGGUGGUGUAUAGGGAUUAUAUUGACAUCAGUGUUGCGGUAGCCACCCCACGGGGUCUGGUGGUUCCCGUCAUCAGGAACGUGGAAGCUAUGAAUUAUGCAGAUAUUGAGCGAGCCAUCAGUGAACUGGGAGAGAAGGCUCGAAAGAAUGAACUUGCUAUUGAAGAUAUGGAUGGUGGUACUUUCACCAUUAGCAACGGAGGUGUUUUCGGCUCGCUCUUCGGAACGCCCAUCAUCAACCCCCCUCAGUCGGCCAUCCUGGGCAUGCAUGGCAUCUUUGAUAGGCCAGUGGCUGUGGGAGGCAAGGUGGAGGUGCGGCCCAUGAUGUAUGUGGCACUGACCUAUGAUCAUCGGCUGAUCGAUGGCAGAGAGGCGGUAACUUUUCUCCGCAAAAUCAAGGCAGCGGUAGAAGAUCCCAGAGUCCUCCUCCUGGACCUUUAGGAGGAAGCCACGUACCCUACGCGCCAACCAUGCAGGAACUGAAAACCAGUCUUCUCCCUGUCCCCUCACGGGUCCCAGGUUGGCCUGGUGUCAGGCACAUGUUGUUGGCCUCAAGCAAGGAAACCAGGGCACUAUGUAACCAGCAGCCACAGGUCUCUUCUUGGUAUUCUGCCAGGCUCUCCCCUUCUGUGCACCCUUCUCUUACACUCGAAUAUCUUCUUUAGGCUUGAGGGAGAGAGCGCCUUAAUGGAUGCUCAUUAAUAUUUCCUGCCUUUCUCCCAUUAGUCUUGUGCAGAGAUGAUUUUGCUUCUCCCCUGUGCCAGUGUACUACAAUAGGGAAACCACUGGGGACCAUGUGA